AUGAUGAAUCAAUUGAACAAUGAUUUUAAAUCAACUUACAGACUUGAUGUUGUUCGCAUACAUGGUAUGCCUCUGUUUCUGGUGCCGCUACCUCGACACGAUGUUCCGGCCGCAGUCCCUCGAUAUUCUGCGGCCGGAAUGGCUGGGGUUGUGGCCUUGGCUGCUCAGGUGUUGAUGUCGGCUGCCUCCUCACGUGGCGGCUGCGCCUGA